AUGAGCAGAUACCACCGCCACUCGCUCGCGCGCGCGCGACGUCGCUGCUGCGUCCGCUUUGGCCACACGCGCGUCCUCUGCUCGCUGCUCGGCCACGACCGCUACGGGUACUUUCCCACCACGUGCCACGUUGGACCGCACUGGGGCUGUCUCUUGGUCACGUACUGUCUCGCCAUUGGUCCGUUUGUCGUUCUCGUGCUGCUUGUCGACGAGCUGCUGCUGGGGCUCCAAGUCGCACUGUGCGCGUCCAUGUGCCUCACGACGGUGUCGCUCACGAUGGUCGCGUGCAGUGACCCGGGCGUCGUGUUUCACGACGUGGACACGGACGUCGAGGACGGCGAGACGGGCAUUGUCUGUGCUCAAUGUGAGGUCCGACGACCGUUAGAUGCGUCGCAUUGCUCGGACUGUGGCGUGUGCGUCCGAGAGCUGGACCACCACUGUCCGUGGACGGGCAAGUGCGUGGGCAAGCGCACGAUCAAGUUGUUCUACGUCUUCCUCACGCUCAUUUCGCUGCACUGUAUGCUCGUGGGUGCCGUCUGCCUCGUCACGUUUGCAGCGACAUGA